AUGCGCGCCUUUCUGGGCCGCGCCGCACUGCGGGGGCUGCUGGGCGGCCCGCGGGCCCCGGGCCCGAGCCCCUUACGGCACAGCUCGGGAGGCCCAUCUCGGACCCAGGAGCGGACCCUGGUGGCAGUGAAACCUGAUGGGGUGCAGCGGAGGCUGGUGGGAGAUGUGAUCAGCCGCUUCGAGAAGCGUGGCUUCAAGCUGGUGGGGAUGAAGAUGCUGCAGGCACCAGAGAGCGUCCUUGCCCAACACUACUGUGACCUGCGGGGGAAGCCCUUCUACCCAGCCCUCAUCAGCUACAUGAGCUCCGGCCCGGUGGUGGCCAUGGUCUGGGAAGGCCACAAUGUGGUCCGCACCUCGAGGACCAUGAUCGGAGACACAGACGCUGCGGAAGCUGCCCCAGGAACCAUCCGGGGAGACUUCAGCGUCCACAUUAGCAGGAACGUCAUCCAUGCCAGCGACUCCGUGGAGGGGGCCCAGAGGGAGAUCCGGUUGUGGUUCCAGAGCUGUGAGCUGGUGGACUGGCCGGACCUGGGCCCCCACAGCAGUGUCUCCCCAGCCUGA